AUGGACAGCACAGCACCAGCUCAGCACCGUCCCCACCGUGACAAACACAAAGCUGUCAUCACCUGGAAGCUCCUCCACAGCGACCUCCACACCUUCAGGAUGUCCUGCUACGACCUGUGCCCACCCAAGGCCGACCUGUGCCCACCCAAAACCAGCGUGGCCGUGCCCCAGCCCAUCGCUGAGAGCUGCAACGAGCUGUGUGCCCGCCAGUGCCCCGACUCCACGGCCUUCAUCCAGCCGCCCCCUGUCGUCGUCACCUUCCCCGGCCCCAUCCUCAGCUCCUUCCCCCAGCAAGCUGUGGUGGGCUCCUCCGGAGCCCCUGCCUUUGGGGGCUCCCUGGGGCUGGGGGGCCUCUACGGCGCCGGCGCCACCCAGGGCUCGGGGGGGCUCUGCACCUUUGGCAGACCCUACGCUGCUCCUGCCUGCAGCCCUUGCCUGCUGCCUCGCUACAGCAGGAAGCUCUGGGACACCUGCGGGCCCUGCUAGGCACAGCCCCACGCUGCCCCCACACCGCUGCCCAGCACCACUGCCCCCAUGCAGAGUGAGCCUCUGCACAAGAGCCUUCUG